AUGGAGCUGCUGCUGGACACCAGGACGCACAAUGGUGCAGUGACAUGUGCAGGCUGUUUGAGCAGUUCAAAGAUCAGAAGAACUUAUGAGUGUGUGCGCGCGGAUCAGGUGCGCACCCGCCCAAGUUUGACGCCUUUAUUUUUAUUUUUAAAGACUUCCGUUCACUAUUAUGGAGAAAUCCAAAACUUUCGCAUUGACGCCCUGCUCGCUGAUGAGACCAACCGGGUGAGUCGGGACCUGUCCCCGGGUCUGAGCAGCGACAGCCCCGCAGGCAGUCCGGUGUCCUGCCGCCGCGCGGACACGCCGUCCCCGCGGGCCGCGCAGCUCCAGGGAAUACUGCACAAACCGGGGGUCCUGAACCUCCCGCACCCGGUGGCUUCCCUCCCGGGCAUGUACCCUGCUCCCAUGUACCCGCUGUCCGCGCUGGGAGGCCAGCACCCAGCCUUCUACACCGGGUUCACACACCUCACACAGCCCUACCCGGAGCACCUGAAGGCGGCCGCCAUGGCGGGCUCUCUGCCCCUGGAGCACUGGAUCCGCGCCGGCAUCAUGAUGCCACGGCUGCCAGAUUACAGCACGGGCCCUCAGGCCGGGCUGCUAGGGAAGUGCCGGAGGCCCCGCACCGCCUUCACCAGCCAGCAGCUGCUGGAGCUGGAGAACCAGUUCAAGCUCAACAAGUACCUGUCCAGACCCAAACGCUUCGAGGUGGCCACCUCCCUCAUGCUGACGGAGACACAGGUGAAGAUCUGGUUCCAGAACCGGAGGAUGAAGUGGAAACGCAGCAGGAAGGCGAAGGAGCAGGCCGCCGCCGCGCCGUCUGAGGCUACGCAGCUACGCAGCGCAGGGAAAACUGCCUCGGACAAAUCACAUGAGAUCAGACGAUCUGUGGAUCCAGACGACAGAGACCUGGACCUGGAGGAUGAAGAAGAGGAGGAGGAGGACGAGGAGGAGGAGGAGGAGGAAGAGGAGGAGGCUCAGCAUGGUUUUCCUGUCGGGAUGCCGAGAUCAACGGACUUCUUGCAGCGCAGCAGCGAUGUGGGCUACGAUGCCCACAGCCCUUUCUCUGAGGAGGAGCUGCAGGAGGUGCAGGUCGGAGGAGGUGACAGGAAGAUCGGAGCAGGACUGUGA